UCAGUUGGCAAAUGCGCCGUGGAGCGAGCGGCGGAGUCUCUCCUCGGAACCGAAGAUCGCAAUUGUUCAGCCAGCCUGGGACAGCUCCUUCCCCUCGAGGCGCGGCGGCAACGGUGGCGGGUGCAGUGGCGGUGGUGGUUGUGCUGCUGCUGCUGACGACGGUGGUGUCAGGGGCGCUAACGACGGCGACGAGAGUGAGAGCUGCUACGAGGGCGGCUACUUAUGGAGUUCACUACCGUCAUUGAUGGUCGGCCGCUUGCACGCGGGCCCGGACGUGGACCGCGGACGUACGGAUGUCAACGGACGACGCGGGGCAGAAUGGUGAGGUGACUUGGUCCUGGGCGCGACGUAUCCGGCGGGGAAGAGAGCUGCGAGAGCGAAUUACGCGGGCGGACGGGCACAGGGUCGACCGGUAUGUGCACGCGGUCUCGUCGCAACGGGAUUGCGGUCGUCCUCCUGGCGAUCAUUCACUGCUGCCGGAGCGGCACGCCGGAACACGUAAUCCCGUGUAACGUCGUCGCCGAAGGACGAGAGCUGCUGUGCCGCGGCGCCAAUCUGCUCGUCGUUCAACUCAUCUACGAUGUUGAUUUAUUGAAAGCCAUUGUUCCUGUUAACGUUACCAAGAUUGAUUUGACCAACAACAAUAUAACGGACAUUCCAGUACAUGCUUUCCAAUUUCCCAAUCUCGAAAUUUUAUUUCUUCGACGUAAUCACCUACGUGCCAUUCACGAUGACGCGUUUAUAAACUUACCGAAUCUUCGUAUAUUGGAACUCGAUGAAAAUUAUUUAAGAAAGAUACCAGCCGCUGCUCUAAAUCUACCAAGCCUCGAAGAAUUGUCUAUAUCGAAUAACAAAAUAGAACGACUCACGAAAGAUGCGUUGCGCUACGCUAAUAAUUUGGUGUCGCUCGAUUUACGCGGAAAUCCUAUUAAGGAGAUACACGACGAAACCUUCCAAAAUCUUGGAAAACUUCGUAAGUUAAUAUUGUCGAACGUGAAAGAAUUACGGCUUUUUCCCAAUCUAAAUGGAGCAGCGUCCUUGGAAGUAUUGAGAUUAGAUCGUUCCCAAUUGAAGGAGGUUCCUUCUAAUCUUUGCCGACAGUGCCCGAAACUCAAAAGUCUCGACAUGAAAUCCAAUUCGUUGACAGAGAUACCAAAUUUACGAAACUGUAAUGAACUUCGUGUUUUGGAUUUAGCCAGUAAUAUGAUUUCUUCAUUACCCGACGAUUCUUUUAAAGGUUUGAAUAUGCUGCACGAUCUACUCUUGUCCAACAAUAACUUGCAGAGCAUUUCCAGUGACGCUUUUACCGGAUUAUCUAGACUCCAAGUUUUAGACUUGGAGAAUAAUUAUAUCGAAUAUAUACAUCCUGAUGCGUUCAGAGAAACGAAACGGUUGCAAGACUUAAAUUUAGGAAAUAAUGUUUUCCCUACACUGCCGAUAAGAGGACUCGCGGGAUUAUUGCACCUCAAGACGUUUAAUAAUCCUGCAUUGCGAGAGUUUCCAUCUCCCGACAGAUUUCCGCGAGUACAAACAAUGUUGCUGUCAUACGCUUAUCAUUGUUGUUCGUUUCUCUCGCUCGAAGUAGAGGAAUCUGUCACAAAAUCACCGGUACAGGAAUCAAUUUUGUUUCCUACCGACGAUUUCGAUACUAGUUUAUGGAAUUCGACAUUUAGCGAUAUCUGGCCACAAUUGAAUAACUUGACUGAUAAAUUUGGAUCGCAGAUAAAUGAACUUUGGGCUAAUUUUGGUUCAGAUUUUACCUACCCUGGAAACUUGCCUUCCUACGUAGAGGAUUAUUUCGAAAAUCUAGACGGUCGAACGACAUCGACCAGUCGGACUGUACCCUCUCGCAUCCAAUGCUUGCCGCAACCCGGUCCUUUCCUACCGUGCCAAGACUUAUUCGACUGGUGGACUUUACGGUGCGGUGUAUGGAUAGUCUUCCUCCUUGCCAUGCUCGGGAAUGGCACCGUGGUGUUUGUCUUAAUAUUCUCGAGAAGCAAGAUGGAUGUGCCACGAUUCUUAGUCUGCAAUUUAGCCGCUGCCGAUUUUUUCAUGGGUGUUUAUCUAGGCUUAUUGGCUGUUGUUGAUGCAUCGACAUUGGGAGAGUUUCGAAUGUACGCGAUACCGUGGCAAAUGUCGGCCGGAUGUCAGCUGGCUGGCUUCCUGGGAGUCCUCAGCUCCGAACUGAGCGUGUACACUCUUGCCGUGAUUACUCUCGAGAGGAAUUACGCGAUAACGCACGCGAUGCAUCUGAACAAGCGGCUCUCGUUGAAGCACGCAGGCUACAUUAUGACGAUAGGAUGGUGUUUCGCCCUAUGCAUGGCGAGUCUGCCGCUAUUGGGAGUUUCGGACUACAGAAAGUUCGCAAUUUGUCUGCCAUUUGAAACCAAUGGCAGCGCGGCACUCGCGUACGUAGUAUUUCUCAUGCUCAUUAACGGAGUGGCUUUUCUGAUAUUAAUGGGAUGCUACUUGAAGAUGUACUGCGCGAUACGAGGCUCCCAGGCAUGGAAUUCAAACGAUUCUCGUAUAGCAAAGAGAAUGGCGUUGCUCGUCUUCACCGAUUUCCUCUGCUGGUCACCGAUAGCCUUCUUCUCUCUCACGGCGACCUUCGGGCUGCAGUUGGUGUCUCUGGAGCAAGCGAAAGUUUUCGCGGUAUUUGUGCUGCCGCUAAACUCUUGUUGCAAUCCUUUUCUCUACGCGAUCCUCACGAAACAAUUCAAGAAGGAUUGCGUGUUGAUAUGCAAGGCGAUCGAAGAGUCGCGUGUAACUCGAGGUAUCGGCAGGUGCCGACAUAGUUCGAAUUUUAGCAAUCGGCAAACGCCCGCCAAUACGAACAGUCUCGUCGAUCGAUCGUCGCGAGAGAACCAGGGAGUUCAAACACCGUGCACCUGUAACCCGAGAUUGUUGGAGACCGAGAGCCGUUGCUCGUCUUACCGUUGGUGGAGCGCCGGUGUGUUCUGGCCGUGCACACGCGAUUCCCGGCCACGGCACGCGCGCACCGAUCAGUACGCCUAUCAAAUCGCCCAGAUUCAACAGAAACAGCACAAACGGGCGUCCUCGGUGUCGUCCAGCGAAAAUUUCUCCUCGUCCAGAUCGGAUUCUUGGCGGCAGACGCACCACUGCGGCAUUCCGCUCAGACUGCUAGAUCCGAAACGGAGGACUUCCUCUUGGCUGAUCACUAGGAAACCGUCGCAGGAUUCCAAUUUAAGCUCCUCGCGGAACGACUCUUCCGGUUCCGCGACCACUGCCAGCACCAGUACCUGGCGCAUCUCGAGAUCCAGUGCCUCUCUAGAAAUUAGCGCGCGUAACACGCCGAGACCGAUCAGACCGAAGCCGCGAUUAACUCGUCAACUCGCCAUUCAGGAGCCGGAGCCUCCAGGGUCUCCGGGCAGACUGGCCGUUAGGCUACUCGCCACCAUACCUUCCGCGGCUGAGACCAGCGAUCAACAAGACGACGAGAAUAUACCGACGAAUUAAAUAUUUCUAGCUAUACCAUUUAUAUUUUUAUGUAUUAUACAUAUGUAAUAUGCGUCGCAUUUUUUAAGUAUAUUUUCGUCGAGCGAAUUCUUCGAGCAAAUUCAGUAUUAACAAUCUUCGCUGGUAUACCUGUGUAGUGUGUAUUUAUAUAUUUAUGGCGUUUUGUACAUGUUUAAAAUUGUUGCUUAAAGCGAGGUAGAGAACGAGAACGUGCCAGGCGUAACGAGCGUAUGUUAUCACGACGCGGUUCCAAAUACGCGUCUCUCAUUUUCUAUUCAAUGUUAUUUGUAUAUUUUCACGAAAAUGCUAACGAGAUAUUAACGGAAUACCAACGGUAUACAUCUAAAGAAUUAUUAACAAGUCAUUGGCGAAUUUAAUAAGUGCAAUCGUUUUUCGCGACGAAACGUAAUAGGGUUUGUCGGACAUGAUCCAUUUCGGUUAAUUGCAUAAACGUCUAACGAAGUAGUCCGUCCGUUCGUACAUGUAUAUGCACGUAUAUGUUAUAUAUUUAUACUUUUACGUUAUAAGACUGAUUGAGUUUUUUAACUCUGUACUAUUUACAAUUUACGCCGAUCUUGGGUCAAAGAGUUUUAAGCUACUAGUCCCAGUAGCGAGUAGUCAUUCGAUAGCUGUUGUACAUCGAACUCUACAUGUAUGCAUAUAUAAUAUCAUUAUGUAUAUAUAUGUGUAUGUAAUGAUAUUAUGACUUACAUACACAAAUAAAUCUAUACAAAAACUAUCGCAACGGUCUUACCGUCCUAGUAUAAGAUUUUGAGCCAAAUCGCAAUUUACCUCUUACGCAGUAUUUGAAUGUUGACGGUGGGAUGCUUAUUUAUAUAUUGGCAGAUUAUAUAUUUUACUGUAUGAAUGACGUUGCGUUUAUCGCUAUCUAAUGUAAAUUCUGCGUACAAGGCCAUUUUAUGUACGUUUCAAAAUCUAAAUCUAAAUUCGCGUAAACGAAUUACAAUUAAUAAUAUCAAAAUGAUUAAUCGAUAAUUGUGAAUUUUUCCGAGUGAUUUGUUAGAAGUAGUUGAUAACAGCAUGUGUGAUGUUAAAUAAAAUCAAAUAAAACCUUUGUGAAAACGAUGGAUUGAUAAUAAGUAUUUUUUAGUCGACAAUUGGUGGAUUAGUAACAUCUGUAAAAUAAUAGA